AUGGCUUCCCUUCGCCUUGCUUUUGUGCUGCUCAUCUCCCUGGUGUCCCCCACCAGCUCCUGCACACAGCAGGAGAAGAUCUGCCUUCUCCGAUUCCUCGCGGGGCUCUCGCAGGACGGUGGCCUCGCGGCGUCAUGGCGGGACGGCGAGGAUUGCUGCGAGUGGGAGGGGGUCACCUGCGGCACAGACAGGGCGGUCGCCGGUGUCUCGCUGGCUUCUAAGAGCCUCGAGGGGAACAUCUCAGAGUCCCUUGGUAGCCUCGACGGCCUGAAGCUCCUUGACCUCUCGCACAACUCGCUGUCCGGUUGCCUGCCGCGGGGAUUGGUGUCUUCUCCCAGCAUCGUUGUUCUAGAUGUCAGCUUCAACCGCCUCAGUGGAGCACUGCACGAGCUGCCAUCAUCGACCCCUCCCCGGCCUCUGCAGGUACUAAACAUAUCGAGUAACUCGUUCACUGGGAUGUUCCCAUCCACCAUAUGGGAAUCAAUGGAGAAUCUUAUCGCGCUCAAUGGCAGCAAUAAUAGCUUCACUGGGCAGAUACCAACUCAUUUCUGCAACGGUUCACCAUCUUUCGCUGUGCUUGAUCUGAGUUACAACAAACUCCGUGGUAGCAUCCCCCGAGGACUUGGUGAUUGCUCUGUUCUGAGAGUGCUCAAUGCUGGCUACAACAACCUCAGUGGAACCCUCCCAGAUGAACUCUUCCGUGCUACCUCGUUGGAGCACCUGUCUUUCCGUAACAAUGAGUUACAUGGAGUACUGGAUGGUGCGCACAUAAUCAACCUCGGCAAUCUCGUGACCCUGAAUCUUGGAAGGAAUAACUUCAGUGGCAAGCUUCCAGAUUCUAUAGGUCAGCUCAAGAGAAUGGAGGAGUUAUAUUUUGACCGCAACAACAUGUCAGGGGACCUACCAUCAGCUCUGAGUAACUGCACAAAUCUUAUAACAGUCGACUUCAAGAGCAACAAAUUCAGUGGAGAACUUAACAAGGUUGAUUUCUCCAACUUUCCCAAUCUGACAACUUUAGACCUUCUGUACAACAACUUCACUGGCACAAUUCCAGAAAGUAUAUACUCUUGCAGCAAACUCAUUGCCCUGCGGCUAUCUGCAAACAACUUGCAUGGACAACUGUCGCCAAAAAUAGGCGAUUCGAAGCACCUAGCCUUCCUUUCACUUGCUUUCAACUCAUUCGUAAAUAUCACAAAUGCACUUCACAUUCUACAGAACUGCAGGCAGCUUACCAUCCUGCUUAUCGGGGAUAACUUCAUGGCAGAGCUCAUGCCUGAGGAUGACAUAAUUGAUGGCUUUCAGAAUCUUCAGGUCCUGGAUAUAGGAGGUUGCCAGUUGUUAGGUAAUAUGCCAUUUUGGAUAUCGAAGCUACCAAACUUACAAAUAUUAAACUUAGCUAACAAUCAACUCACUGGAUCAAUACCAGCCUGGAUCAAAACCCUAAGCAACCUGUUCUAUCUGGACAUAUCAAACAACAACCUCACAGAGGGAAUUCCAACAACACUGAUGGAUAUGCCAAUGCUGAAGUUAGAGAAGACUAAAGCCCAUUUAGACCCAAGGGUGUUCAAACUAACUAUUUAUACUGCUCUAUCACGACAAUACCGCCGAUUGAAUGCUUUCCCUAAAGUGCUGGAUUUAAGCAACAAUAAAUUCACUGGUGAGAUCCCUUGGGAGAUCGGUCAGCUGAAAUCCCUCCGUUCUCUCAAUUUGAGUUCGAAUGACUUGACGGGACAGCUCCCACAGUCAAUAUGCAAUCUCACAAGUCUUCUGGCACUAGACUUGUCCAAUAACAAUCUCAUGGGCCCAAUCCCAUCUGGACUGAACAGCCUGCACUCCCUUUCGGCGUUCAAUAUUUCCAAGAACGACCUAGAAGGUCCUAUUCCAUCUGGAGGCCAGUUUAACACAUUUGAGACUUCGAGCUUUGAUGGGAAUGCAAGGCUCUGUGGUUCAAUGCUCAUUCAAAAGUGUGAUUCAACAGAAGCACCUCCAGCCACCACUAUGUCAAAACAACGAACGGGCUAUAAGGUUGCCUUCAUGAUUGCUUUCAGUGCAUUCUUCGUCAUAGGGGUGUUGUAUGAUCAGGAAGGAAGAUUUUAUUUCGUAGGAUUCACCUCGGAAGAAGCGCGUCGACGGACUGCUGAUCUAGCCCCCGGCAUCCGUUCGCCGGCGACCUUGCACUUGCAGCCGCCGCUGCGCCGGGUCGGCGCGAAUCGCUGCCUCACCUUCGUGAGGAAACAUCGGGAGCGGAGCACAGUUAAAGAGAUGCGCCACUCGGGACUAACCCCUGGCUGGACUGCCGCCACCGGUGCGGCGAGCCGCCGGCGCACCAGGUCGCUGCGCUGGGGAACUGUCUCAACUUUUUGCCCCUGAGAACAGGGGAAUUUCUUUUCAGACAAGAGAACAGGGGAAGGGGCG